UAUAACAUCACUCUUGCGCGCACUUCCGGAAAUCGCCAUGCCGUCUUUAGAAGAUAGCAAAUCCUACAGCUGGGCUGAGCAGGUUGAAGCAGGCGAUGAUACUGGGGGUUUACCCCCAUCACAUGAGGACUAUGAUGAGAAGAAUGGACUGAAGAAGAUAACAGAGUACAAGUACAAUGAUGAUGACAAACUUGUUAAGGUGGUGAAGACCUACAGCAUUGAGACAAGGAAAGUGUCCAAGUCUAUUGCCCGAAGGAAGACAUGGAGGAAGUUCGGUGCUGCAGAGAGAGACCCCCCAGGUCCCAACUCUUCCAACACCAUCAUAUCUGAAGAGAUUGUCAUGCAGUUUGUGCAGAACAAAGAUAACCAGGCCCCAGAGGAGGAAGACCCGCUCAACAAGUUGAAGACACAGAAGAUUGUUCAAUGUCGUAUCUGUAAAGGUGACCAUUGGACAACUCGGUGUCCGUACAAGGACACAUUGGCACCGCUGCAGGAGAAGUUGGCCGAGGAUGGGAAGCCACCAGGUGAUGCAGCUGCUGGGGCAAAUCCGACCGCUGCUGCCGCCGGACCCAGUGCCAUUGCCAAGACUGCUGGGAAGUACGUACCCCCAAGUCUGAGAGAAGGAGCAUCCAAGGGUAGAGGAGAGUCGAUGUCCACGCAGAGGAAAGAUGAGGCUGCCACUAUCCGUGUGACCAACCUGUCUGAGGACACCAGGGAGUCGGAUCUACAGGAGCUGUUCAGACCCUUCGGACCCAUUUCAAGGAUCUAUUUGGCAAAAGACAAGAACACAGGACAAUCUAAGGGAUUUGCUUUCAUCAAUUUCCAUCGACGCGAAGAUGCUGCACGUGCCAUCGCUGGAGUGUCUGGAUUUGGCUACGAUCAUCUUAUACUGAAUGUAGAAUGGGCCAAGCCAUCUGGUACAACUUAAGAGAACGGCCAAGACUCGUGGUGAAUAGGAUGGCUACCAUCCAAAUGUGUAAUUCUGAAGGGAAUAAACAGUUAGGAAAUCA